CCUCCUCCCCUUCUGCGCUACAAACAAUCAAAUAUCAUUAAAAGCCAGAUCAACAAUCCCACUAAGCAUAUACACAUGGCUCCGAUUGCUGUUGGCGAUACUCUUCCGGACGGUAAUCUCUCCUGCUUCGACGCCGAGGAUAAGCCCCAGCAGGUGUCUGUACACUCCCUCUCCGCCGGUAAAAAGGUCAUCAUUUUUGGUGUUCCCGGCGCUUUUACCCCUACUUGCAGCUUGAAGCAUGUGCCUGGGUUCAUCGAGAGAGCAGGGGAGCUUAAAUCAAAGGGCGUUGAUGAAAUUAUUUGCAUCAGCGUGAAUGACCCCUUUGUGAUGAAGGCAUGGGCCAAUACCUACCCUGAGAACAAAGAUGUCAAGUUUCUGGCUGAUGGUUCAGCAACAUACACCCAUGCCCUUGGUCUUGAGCUUGACCUCAGUGAGAAAGGGCUUGGCACUCGUUCUAGGAGGUUUGCGCUCCUGGUCGAGGACCUCAAGGUGAAGGCCGCAAAUAUUGAAUCGGGUGGGGAAUUUACCGUGUCAAGUGCUGAUGACAUCCUUAAAGCACUUUAGAUUUGCUUUGUGCGCUAAAAGGCCCGUUUUCUUGGUCUUGGUAUUGGUAUCCAUGGCUAUCUCGGGUUUCAGUCUCUAUAAUAGUGAAUGUUAACAUGGGAUGGUUUUUAAAUAAGCACUUUAUGGUUAUUAAAUAAGCACUUCAUGGUUAUUAAUAAGAACUGAUACCUUGCUC